UGUAGCACUCCACCAAUAGUAGCAUUUUACUGGUUGCCAAGAGGUGUGAUUUUGGGGAAACGUUUUUUUCCUGCUGUGACAGUAAACAAAGCGAGAAAGGGGUAAAAAAAAAUCAUUUGUGAAGUCACACAUCCCGACCUCCCUUGAAUUUUCGUCUCCCACUCAAUUGACACGCUGCGCCCAUAGGUGCUGGACGUAGAUCCAGCUACUGGCGCUCUAGGCACCGACCGCUACGACUCCCUCUUUUCCUCUCCGUUCUUUGGAAAGCGUGGGUAAAAUGGAAGCAGGUAGAAGUUCUGUUGUUCGUGAACCUGGACGGUGGCGGUAAGAGAGUUAGCUCACAUUCUACUUUUCUGUCUCCCGAGAACACCUUGGCGGCCUGACCAGUACUUGGAUGUAUAGUGGAAUCAUUUCAAAUGACUUGUCAUUCAUCAGAUUCAACAGAAGCCAUAGACAAUGAAAGGAGGUCUGAAACUGAAUCCAGAGCAGUAGAUUCAGAUCAGAACCGCAUUGCAGCAGCCAUGAGAGAGCUGAGAAGCACAGGUUGGUACUGGGGUAGUCUGACUGCCACUGAAGCCAAAGAGAUAUUACAGAAUGCAACAGAAGGAACAUUUCUGAUUAGGGACAGCUCUCAGACGAACUAUUUGUUUACAAUUUCUGCAAAAACAUCAGUGGGACCAACAAACUUGCGCAUAGAAUACAGGGAUGGCAAGUUCAAGCUGGACUCGGUGGUGUUUAUCAAGCCCAAACUCAAGCAGUUUGAAAGUGUGGUUAAUCUUGUGCAACAUUAUGUGUUUUUGUCCAGUGCUUCAAAAACUUCAGAAUCUUUACUGCCUAAUGGAACAGUGCAACUGCUAUUGAUCAAGCCAGUUUAUAUGUCCACUCCAUCCCUGCAACAUCUGUGCAGGCUCUCCAUUAACAAAUCUACUAAGAAGAUCGAAGAGCUGCCCCUCCCUAAUCGAUUGAAGCAGUAUUUGACAGAGUAUACUUACUGUGUAUGAACUGUAUGAAUUCAGUUGCACAUACAGCAUCAUAACAAGAACUUUGUACCAAAUGCUUAAGCACUUUUAUUUACUGUAACAAUACUUUAACAAUCCAGUUUAAUUGUUAUCAUAUCUGCGAAUGUUUCAGUGUACACUAUGAAAAAUCUUAAGGAACGACAUUUGUUUUUGUUUUGUUUUUUUCAAUUGAUGUAUUAUCGGUCCUGUUUAAUGAAACUUGACUAUUUUUUCCAUGGGACCUGUAACCUUCAGUUUGAAUGGAUGUUCCUUUAACAAUAUCUAUAAAUAGUUGCACUACAGUACUGUUAUCUUGCUCUCUGGCCCAAUUUUUAAAAUAAUGCCAAAUUGUAAGAGCAGCUCUUGCCAGAGCAGUCUUUAUCUUGAAAAGUGCACAUUUUUUGUAUGUGUUUAUUGCAGUGAUGUAUGUCAUGCCUCCAAAAUAUUUUGAAGAGAUGUUAGUUUCCUAAUAAAAGUUGUCAUACAAAUUUUA